AUGGCUUUGAUCUCCUCGACGCGUUCUUUCCUCACUGGAAGCCCUCUUUCGCCCUUCCCCAAGCACAAGAAGGCGCUACACAGGGCGCCUCUGGUGGCCUGCAGGUGCUCCGUCGACGAUGGCUCAUCAAGUGGGAAAAGUGAGGCGAAAUUGGCCAAACUGGCGAUGGUCACAUUGGCAGCUGGGAUGCUGGCUCUUGGUAGUGUGGAUCCGGCGGCGGCUGCGAAGUCCGGCGGCAGAGUUGGCGGCCAGGCCUUCCGAUCUGCGGCUCCUAGGGUUUCCGGCCCGCGGAUUAACAACUCAAGGACAAACAUCUACGUCAAUCCCCCAAUCGCCCCGCCACUUUUUGGCGGGUAUGGCUAUGGUGCACCGUUCUACGGUGGAUGGGGUUGGUCACCAUUCACAUUCUUCGCGCCAGGGCCGGGCAUCGCAGUAGGCGUGGGUGGCGGCUUUGAUGUUUUUGUUACAUUUCUAGUGCUUGGUGCCAUUGCAACUGUGAUCCGAAGGGUUUUUGGGAGCAAGGAUUAUGAAGAUGAUGACUAUUGA